AUGUCGGUGAACCAGGUGGCCAAGGAAGUCCCCACGCCAACCUGCAACACGGGUGCUGACAUUUCAGCCGAUCUCCAAGCCAUUAGCGCACCGGAGAACAAUCAU